GCCGGUUCCGCACUCCAUUGGAGUGGCUGCCGCGGGCUCGGGCUCGGGCUCGGGCAGCGGACGGGCAGGGAGGGAAGAUGGCGGCGGUAGCGGCGCGCGGCCCCGUGGGCAAGGGGCGCGACAUCAGCCUGGCGGCCCUGCAGCGCCACGACCCCUACAUCAACCGCAUCGUAGACGUGGCCAGCCAGGUGGCUCUGUACACCUUCGGCCAUCGGGCCAACGAGUGGGAGAAGACUGAUGUGGAAGGAACCUUAUUUGUUUACACAAGGUCUGCUUCUCCAAAGUAUGGGUUCACCAUUAUGAAUAGGCUGAGCAUGGAAAAUAGGACAGAACCCAUUACUAAAGACCUGGAUUUCCAGCUCCAGGACCCUUUCCUACUCUACAGAAAUGCCAGAUUGUCCAUUUAUGGAAUUUGGUUUUAUGAUAAGGAAGAAUGCCAAAGAAUUGCAGAACUUAUGAAAAACCUAACUCAGUAUGAACAAUUGAGAGCCCAUCAAGAAGCUGGAGCAGGAAUCUCCCCAAUGAUCCUCAGUUCAGGAGAGGGGAAGGAAGUAGAUAUCUUACGAAUGCUUACCAAGGCCAAAGAUGAAUAUACAAAGUGUAAAACCUGUUCUGAGCCAAAACAGAUAACCAGUUCAUCUGCCAUUUAUGACAACCCCAAUCUCAUCAAACCCAUUCCAGUGAAGCCCAGUGACAACCAGCAGCAGCGUGUACCUCAGCCCAGCCAGACCUUAGACCCUGAACCCCAACACUUGUCCUUGACAGCACUCUUUGGGAAGCAGGACAAAGCUACAUGUCAGGAAACUGUGGGGCCUGCACAGACCCUCCACCAGCAGCAGCAGCAAGAGAAACUUCCAAUCCGGCAGGGGGUUAUCCGUUCCCUGUCCUAUGAGGAACCCAAAGGACACUCACCCCCCAUCGAGAAGCAGCUAUGCCCAGCCAUUCAGAAACUCCUGGUCAGGAGUGCAGACCUCCACCCAUUGUCAGAGCUGCCUGAAAACCAGCCCUACAAAAAUGGCAGCGAGGCUCCUGCUAGGGAGGAUUUUACUGGACCUGUCCUCCUGGGGUCUCCCCAGAGCUUUGGGGCAUCCCAUCGAGUCCAUGGUGCUUCCAGAACUCGGAACCUGCUAGAGAAGCUCCAGAGCACCCCAGGGGCAGUGAACAAGUACGACCCUGGUGCACCAGCACCUGCCGGCCUAGCAUCCCUGAGCUUCACGGCCCUCCCUGCUGCCACCCCUGCAGCUCCAGGAAAGGCGGUGGCUCAGCCGCCACUGGUACAUUUCAAUGGCUCCCUUCCACCUCAGGCACUAGGACAUCAGGCUCAUGAAAAAGAUCAGUCCGCGUGCCCAAGACAAAUGCUCGCCCUUUCUGGCGGUCAGACUAGUGGCUCUGGAGUGAUCUCCCCUCAAGAGUUACUGCAAAAGCUUCAGCUUGUGCAGCAGGAGCAGCAGCUGCACAUGUCCAACCGGCCAGCCUUGGCGGCGAAGUUUCCUGUGCUAACUCAGAGCUCUGGAGCCGGGAAGCCCUGGGAACCCUGGGUUGACAAGACAUCCAGCACGGAAAAGCAGACUCCCCGUUUCCAGGUCAUCUCACCUCAGUGCAUCCGUGCUACAGUUGCUCCUUCUCUGCUCAUGUCCCCCAUGGUGUUCACACAACCCACCUGUAGCCCAUCAAAGGAGAGGGACCGUGGGCUCUUGUCCCUGGGAAGCCAGGAACCAGCUGCCGCCUCCACCAGCCUCUUCCUGCCUCUGCAGAGCCCAGAGCCCUCUGUACUCAGCCCACUUACCAAGCUGCAGCUUCAGGAAGCACUGCUGUUCCUCAUUCAGAAUGACGACAACUUCUUAAAUAUAAUCUACGAAGCUUAUCUCUUCAACAUGACACAAGCAACCAUGAAAAAGACUAUGUGAAAGCAAAGCAUUUAAGAACUGAUUCUCAAGGUCCUCUAGCUCAAGGUUUUUUCCUGUUAAGUGUUGUUACCCUAAAUGUUUCUGCCUUUUUAUAAAAAAAAAAAAGUAUGUGUAAUAUGAA